CUCGUAUUCGCAGAUGCUGCGAUGCAGCCUUGCAAUGCAGGUAUGAAACAUGAGCCUGCAGAUUCUGUAGCGCUUAAGAUAGCGAACCACAUGUGCGGUUGGCAAAUCAUCGAAAUGAGACAAGGCAUGUUUUACGUUGAGGAGUCGUGAACGCCGUAUUUGAACAUCUUCUUCCCAGCCUUUCAUCUGGCGGCAGUCGUUUUGUCCACAUUCUGUUUUCCUCCCCUGCAAUGAAUAUCAUCGAGCAAAGAGUCGCCAAGGACGCAGUACGCUGGCCGUCUGCGUCCGAGUUGUUUGUUACAAAGAGCUUGCCCUGGUGGAUAUGGGAGAGUACAGUUAUUCGAGGAAAUGCACCAUCAAGUGUGUACCCUGCUCUGAUGCCGCCCGAAGGCUUGGCAGGCUUCAACUGGACAUCGAGCGUAAUAGCUGUUCAUACCUCGAGUGAAAUGAUCGAGCAGAGGGUUCCUUGGAGGUAUACGCUGCUGUUGAUGACCAUUGGAACGAUUGUCGGCGCGUGGAUCUGGCAGAAGCUGAUAAGAAAGACCCCUAGCCCUUGGAAGAAGGCAGUGCUCAUUGCAGAGCCCAACACCUUGGCGCCGGAUGCGCCAAGAAAGACACUGAAGGUGAAAACGCUCGGAGUUCUGGACGAGGUGUGUCCCAGGAAAUGCUUGCCAUGUCACCAACCCGGGAGGUCGUCAAUCCAUGUUCUACGAAGCCAGCCUUGUCUUGCGGCGGAUGAUCUUACAUUGGCUCAGACAACGAAUGUUGUGGACGUUUCCACUAAGACGCAGACUACAGGCAAGAAGAUGGUGAAUAAGUUAGCGCUGUCGGAGGUGGUAUUCACCAUCGAUAUUCCACCAUCAUCACCUGAGCAGGUUGACGACAAUGCCAUCAUCCAACUCUCGGAACUGUUACAGAGAUGGUGAAUGAACGACACGCUGAACUUCAAGGCUCGGACGCCAAUAAUAUUUUGCUUGGUGAUCUUGAUACUCAUGGGAACAGGCAAAGGAUUCUUCGUUAGC